AUGCUCGUCCUCCUGUCAUCUGCUUCAAGGUUCCAUUCAAAGCCGGUCCUGGAGGUUGCGAUGCGAAGCACACCGCGGCUGCAGAGCAAAACUCAGAACUUGGUCCAAGAGCUUUGUCGCCUGGAGCCCAAGGACAUCAAGAAGCAGCUGCAUGUCAACGAUGCGUUGGCCAAGCAGUACUCGCAGCACCUGAGCCAAUUCCAGGCAAAGCAGCCGGUCCCGUGCUGCUGCCUUUACGACCAGCCGCUCUUUAAUGCUGCCCAGCUCACGUCUCUUGACGAGGACGACGCGGAGUGGGCCAACACCCACGUGCGAAUUUUCUCCGGUCUCUACGGCUGCCUAAGACCUUAUGAUGAGAUUCAGACGCUCAGCUUGCCGGUGGGCUUGAACACAAAGCUCAAGAAUAGCAAGGGAGCUUUCCUCCGAGACUUCUGGCAGGAAGCGAUUGACAAGGAGAUCGAGGAUGUUGUACAGAAGCUCUAUGCUCCGAUCAUCGUGAACAUGGCCGCGGAGGAGGAUCAGAUGCUUGUGGACCAAGAGAAACUGCCGGCGGGCACACGCAUCGUCAAGGUGGAUUUCAAGAUCUCGCGGAAGGACGAUGCUCUGGAAGCCAAGGGGGAGCUGCUGCGAUGGAUGAUGCAGAAUCGCUGCAUGACGGUCGAGGAUCUGCUGGAGUUCAAAGGUUUGGAGGAUGAGGAGGAGGAGGAGAUGACCGCGUACCGGCUGCACAAGAACCAGCCAAAUCCGGAUGUCCUGGUUUUCGAAGAGGAUCGCGGUGAAGGAGGCGAUGGUGGCUGGAACAAGAAGUUCCAAGAGUUUGGCGGGUCCAAGCAGAAGUUUGUGAAGGAGUUUUCCACCGGGAAGGAUAAGCAUCGAAGAGGCGAGAUCAAGAAAGCGUUGGAGAAGGACGAGAGGAGGCAGCGCAAAAAAGGCUGUGACCGGGGGGAGGGGUAG